AAGCCCACGCACACAAUGUGUAUAUAUAAUUAAUUAUAACCGACUCUAAUAGAUCCGGGGUUUUUAGCAGCGAGUGAGGACGGAGGUCUUGGUUGCUAAGGACGGGGCUGCUGCUGCUGCUGCUGCUGCUGCUGUGGGUGUACAGGUAAAAUAAUGAAGAAAUAAAGAUGACUUCCAACUUUCAGACAACCAUCAGCAACGCUGUGACCACUAGCUCUAAUUCAACUAAGGAUUACUGCUACAGUGCUCGGAUAAGAAGUACUGUGUUGCAAGGCUUGCCCUUUGGUGGGGUUCCUACAGUCCUUGCAUUAGAUUUUAUGUGCUUUUUGGCAUUGCUGUUUGUAUUCUCCAUUUUACGAAAGGUAGCCUGGGAUUAUGGGCGUCUUGCACUGGUCUCAGAUGCUGACAGUGCCAUCUACCAAGCUUACUCAUCAGCAACUGCCCCUGCCCCCCCAAAUCACAGGCCCCAUCAUGCCAGAAAGAGACGUGGAAAACUUCGCACAGAAGAGCGGGAAUAUGUUGCUUCCGCUCUGCAUUCGGAGAACCAUGACCGAUAUGAACGUCUCACUUCGGUGUCAAGCUCAGUUGACUAUGAUCAGCGAGACAAUGGCUUUUGUUCAUGGUUGACAGCAAUCUUCAGAAUAAAGGAUGAAGAGAUCAGAGAAAAAUGUGGCGAGGAUGCCGUCCAUUACUUGUCCUUUCAGCGUCACAUCGUUGGACUGCUCGUUGUUAUUGGCGUUCUGUCUGUGGGCAUAGUGUUACCCGUAAACUUCUCGGGAGAUCUGCUUGAAAAUAAUGCUUACAGCUUUGGCCGGACAACUAUAGCAAACCUGAAUUCUGGGAAUGACCUGUUGUGGCUCCAUACGGCCUUUUCUUUCCUCUACCUACUUCUCACAGUCUAUAGCAUGAGGCGACAUACCUCAAAGAUGCACUACCGAGAAGAUGACUUGGUAAAACGCACUUUAUUCAUAACUGGAUUAUCAAAAUAUGCUGAACCAGAUAAAAUAAAGCAACACUUUCAAGAAGCUUACCCAGACUGCACUGUUUACGAAGCCCGACUCUGCUAUAAUGUGGCAAAGUUGAUGCGUCUUGAUGCAAACAGACGAAAAGCUGAGCGUAGUCGGACCUACUAUUCUAAAGAAGAAACACCAGUUAUGAUAAAUCCCAAACCCUGUGGUCAGCUGUGCUGUUGUGUUGUUAAAGGCUGUGAAGAGGAAAAUGCAGUGGAAUAUUAUACUAAAUUAGAACAAAAGCUGAAGGAGGACUAUGUGAAAGAAAAGGAAAAGGUGUAUGAGAAACCACUUGGUAUGGCUUUUGUAACUUUCGACAAUGAAGAAGCAGCAGCUCGAAUUCUCAGAGACUUCAAUGCCUGUAAGUUUCAGGGCUGUAUAUUCAGUGGAGAGCCUCAGAGAUCUUCAAACAGCGAGUUCCUCCAUGCUUCAAACUGGAGUGUGAGCUAUGCGCCUGAUCCCCACAAUAUUUACUGGGAGCACUUGUCAUUGAGAGGGAUUUCGUGGUGGCUCCGCUGCCUCAUCAUCAACUGUAUCCUUUUUAUUCUACUUUUCUUCUUGACCACUCCUGCUAUUAUUAUUACAACAAUGGACAAGUUCAAUGUUACAAAGCCUGUUGAAUAUUUAAAUAAUCCCAUCAUAACACAGUUUUUCCCAACACUCCUGCUGUGGUGUUUCUCUGCGCUUCUCCCAACCAUAGUUUACUACUCAGGAUUUUUUGAAGCACAUUGGACAAGAUCGGGGGAAAAUCGAACCACGAUGCACAAAUGCUACACCUUCCUUAUAUUCAUGGUCUUAAUUCUGCCAUCUCUGGGUCUCAGCAGUCUGGACCUGUUUUUUCGUUGGCUGUUUGACAAAAAGUUUCUGGAAGAAGCCACUGUUCGAUUUGAGUGCGUCUUUCUCCCUGAUAACGGUGCUUUCUUUGUGAACUACGUGAUUGCUUCUGCGUUCAUCGGGAAUGCCAUGGAUCUUCUGCGCAUUCCAGGCUUGCUAAUGUACAUGAUUCGCCUCUCUUUAGCCAAGUCAGCAGCGGAGAGGAAAAACGUCAAACGUCAUCAAGCGUACGAGUUUCAGUUUGGAGCUGCCUAUGGGUGGAUGAUGUGCGUCUUCACUGUCGUCAUGACCUACAGCAUUACAUGUCCCAUUAUAGUCCCAUUUGGUUUAAUGUACAUGCUAUUGAAGCACUUGGUGGAUCGCUACAACCUGUACUACGCCUAUCUGCCUGCCAAACUUGAUAAGAAGAUCCACUCAGGAGCAGUAAAUCAGGUGGUGGCAGCUCCCAUCCUGUGCCUGUUAUGCCUGCUUUUCUUCUCUACUGUAAGAACUGGAUUCUUAGCUGCUACAUCCAUGUUUACAUUUGUUGUGCUUGUGGUCACUAUCGUUAUCUGCCUGUCUCACGUCUGUUUUGGCCACUUCAAAUACCUCAGUGCUCAUAACUAUAAGCAACCCUCCACUCCAGCAGAUACUAAAAAUACGGAGGACGAAUCCUGUUACAGGACACUGAUUGAUCGCAGUGAAGUGGAUGGUGCUGUUGAAACAAACGGACAACGGGAAAGCACUUCAUCCCCACCAAAGGUUACCAGGUACAUCGCCCAGGUAUUGCAGGAUCCUCAGUCUGAGCCCACAGGAGAUGAAGACGAGCCGACGUCGCAGAAGGACACCAGGGAAGUGAUUAAUGAGGGACAGUUCCAGUCCUGCGAAGACAGUCUCAUUGAAAAUGAGGUUCACCAUUAGUGGAAUUUGGCGAAGAAUUUUUUUAAAAAUAUGAUUCAGACUGCACAGUUUAGGACCUGGGAACUAUGGCACCACUGGUUCAUUGAAACCCUGGAUUGUAAUUACUAACCCAUGGUACUGUGUAGCCUAUACCAGUACGAUGCAAUUUGCUAAAUUUUUCCUGUAUUGUUUUGUCGACGUGAGGAGCACGGCGCAAGUGGACGGGGGUUGUAGAGAAAAUAGCUACGUAUUUUUACCUGCCCGAGUAUAAACAUUCAGCCAUCAUAUACAUUUAUAUUAGUGGUGGGAAAUUUGGCUGCAUCUGUAACAUUAGUCCUAGGUAAACCUUCUACUGGCCUGCCACCAGAGUAGGGAAUGAGCAAGUGAACCUGAUUACAUAACCACACAUGGGAGAGGGAUGGGUGUGAGAGAGAAGGAAUGAUUUUUGAUAUGCUUUAUCCUGUGAGGUGAAAGAGAAUCAGUGUUACAGAAUCCCUGGUGAAAUUAAUCCUUUUCCAAUUCAAAUUAUGUAAACAACUAAGGAUGGUAAAAUUGGUUGUACGGUUGGAAUAUUUCUAAGUAUACAGUUUAAUUUAAAACCUUGUAAAGGGAUCAGUAAAGGUGAUCAAACAGGACCAAUUUAAAUGUGUCCUUGGUGCCAGGUGUCAUCUAUGUGACUUGUUGGUUAUGGAGGAGGAGGCGGCCUAUAGAAAUCCUGCAUUUCCCCCCAGGCUGAGAUCUUCACUUUCUGCAACGCCAAAUUACUCUGGCCAUUUUCUGACUUUUUUUAUUUAAAGAGCACUUGCAUGCAAGUGCAGUUACAAUAUAUAUUUAAAAGAAUGUAAAGUUUUAUGCAUACAGAGUGCAGAAAGUAAUGGACAAAAAAAAAAUCAUUAGUGAAUUGUUGAGUCAGUGGGUUGCUAUGUAGUUCAAACAAUUGUUGGGAGCUGUUGAAAUGAGCAGGAGAAUGCUCUGGCAUUUAAAAUGAGCAGGGGAGUGCUCUAGCAAUCCCAUGCUGAAAUUGCAAACUUCCUGAUGUGUUUGUACUUCAGUCAUUUUUCAGGAUGUGUUGAGCACUUUCAGUAAAGGGUGGGGCAUAUUCAUUACGAAAAUUCAUUCCUUACCCAAGAGCCUGGUUCUAGUCUGGUGUGUUAAGGGGAUCAGAUGAUGGUGGGGAAGUUGAACCCUCUCCUAUCUGGUGUGUUCAAAGCAUUUAAAAUUAUUUUGAUUUAAGAUGUACUGAAGAUCAUGCAGCAUUUCCAAUUGACUACUCAGCAAAUGUUUAUAAUGAUUUUGAAUACAGCUAACUUUUGGUUAACUAUCUGAGCAGUUUACAGCUGAUCCAUUAAAUUAGCUCACGUGCAAGGCAGCAGGGGCCGAAAAGUGGGUUGUCUGACAAGGACCAAGACUGAAGGCUGAGUCUGUCAAUUCUCCUUUUUCCACACUACAGCGCAUGUAGAAGUAAGUCACUGCUGUUUGCUAGCGCCCUCCAGAUGCUGAAGAAAAUAACUCUAGACAAAGGAGCUGGUAUACUUAAAUUUAUUAAAACAUAACCAGCGUUAUCUAUCACCUAAAACCAGUACAGGUUGAGGUGCAGCUUGUCUUGGCAAGGAUAUCCUCACUCGAAGCUGAAACGAUAGCAGGGAGCCUUGUGCAAAUCAAGGUUAUUAUUGGUUAUGAUCAAGUUGCAGCUAAAGAACAAUCAGAAUUGAAAUAGAUUAUUCCUGUCUGUUUUCUCUCUCCUCAAUCCUCUCUGUGAUGACUGGAGUGUUCAUUGUGAUUACAGAUACAAAUACAAUUGUAUUUAACUCUUCACACCUACCAGCUGAUGAGGUAACGUUUUGCUGAAGUUUCAGCAAAGUCUCCAUCUCUUCUACUAGGACUUCAUUCCUCCUUAAACAUGUUACAAAAAAGGGUAAAAAUGAAUUAAUGUUUCGUCUGUCUUGGAUGUGCAAUGAUCCUUUAUAGCGGGAAGUGUAGCAAUCCUUUAUAGCAGGGCCCUAACCCAUUCACUAAUUGUACUUUUCCUUCCUGUCAAAAUUUAAUUUGCAAUUUGAUCUUGGUGGAAGUGCGCAUUAUUGUUGAACAAAGUUUGCAUUCUUGAAUUUAUAUUAACUAAUGUUUGGCCUAUGGGUCUUUUUAAAGUGAGUUGGAUGGAGAAUUAAACUCUAUGCUCCAUUAUACUCGUACAAUUUUCUAUAUAAUUAGGAUCAAGGAGGGUGUGUUGCCUUUGCUAUUUUCAGAAUUAACAGAAGAAGCUAGAUGCUAGUCAUUAGGAUUUAUGUGUUUUUGUAGUUGACUGAAAGACAGUGGCUCCCAUGACAACUUUAGUAGUGUUUUGCAUUGAAUUUUAGCACAGUACAAUCCUAAUUAAAUAGAGUCCAUUUUGCCAUGAUACCUAGUACUUUGCGAUUUCUGUGCACUCUAAAUUAAAAUAGCAGGCCAAAUUAUAAGCCCUCAUGUUUCUUCCCUACUCAGUCAACCAUUUGUCAAUACAAUUUAUUUGUAAAACGUGGGAACACACUUGGGCCCAUUUCGUACAAGACAUUGGAUUUCCAUAUAUUUCAUUGUCCCUAGGGGCCUUUUGACAGUGCAUUUCCUGCACUCAAUCCAUGGUGUGCGUUACGUUUGGGAGAAUACUUUUGUGCUUUUGAGUUCUAUAUAAUGGGAGUAACUGGACAUACCUUUAUCUGAAGUGACUUGAUAGUACUAUAUAACAUUAUCAUUUACCAAAAUGAAUUAGAAUGUCCUCACCAGAAAGUAAAUUGAGUGUUCCAGAAUGUAUAACCCUGUUUGUACUGUUUUCGCGGAUUAGCAUCUGAGAACUGCCGCCUAUUUAACAUGCCCUCUAUGAACUGUCAUCAAGUUAUGUGCUUUCACACAUGCUCUAAAACAAGAGUACAUCAUGGGUUCUUGAAAAUGCAUUUGAGUAAAAUGAUGUGUUGGGAUAGGGUUACAUGUACAUAGCUGAAUGUACUAAAGUGCAAGUAUUGUGUAUAUAAUGUAAUUAAUAGAGAUCUGUGAAUUGCUUUGCAUCCGUCCUGUGGUAUUGGUGACAUCAUCUGCAGUAAAGUCAUAUUAUAAUAAUAGUUCAUACCAUUUAAGCAGAGUAUUAAUGUUCUAGAUAUUCACUUGUGUAAGAAUUUAAAAAUACUUUUGAGGCAGGUGCCUCAUAGACACAGCAUUCCUUGAGCACUGAACUCCCAAGCAACUGGAAUCUAAAUCUAAACCACCACCGACUUUUCCUUUCCAGAAGGGUUACAUCUGCAGUCUGUUUUGCCUGUGAUAACUGGGCUAACCUGGUAAAAUGAACAGGGUAGGAAUCACGUGGAUAAUCCCUAGGUUGAUGCUAAUACAAUGAGGGAUUUCCUUGGAUUCAGAUUAAGAAUUGUUAGAAUGAGGUAGAGACACCUUUACCUAACAUAUGCAAUGCCUAAAUUGAAGAGCUUGAUACUGUAUCUGGGUGGAAAAGAAAAGUUCAGUUCUACAGUACUGGUAUCUCUCGUCAAUACAAUUAUGUAUAAACACAAUUAAUGCACACUGUGAAUUUAUUGCUGUUUGCUAGUUGCCAUUCUGAACUCUGCUUACAUAAUAUUGUAGAUUGAUUGUUUUCUUAUGAUAUAUAAAAAAAACUUAGUAUUGCACUUUAUUUUAUAGAAGGUGUCUGCCUUUCAUGGUCAAGAAAGAAAUGGGUGAUUUUCAAGUUGGCACUGAUCCAUUGUGAAUUAAAGUGACAUUUCCUGUUCCACAAAAAGAAUGACUCCUUUAUCAUAGUCUGUUCUCUUUUGGCCAGUUUUGAAUUCCCAUUUGGUUUCUGAUGUGUCCCAUUCUAAUCCAUGAAGGGAAUAACCAUAUUACAACCUUCAAAAUGCCCGAGAUUUUUUUUGGAGCAUUUAUUAUCUUAAUAAAGAAGCUAUUAGAAAAGUGUAGGGUUGAACAGACUAAAUUGUGAUCCAACAAAUGCUCAUUAGACAUUUAGUAUUAAGUUCUGAAAACAUCAAUUGCAUAUACAGCACUGUGCUCAUAAUUGGGCAACUCAGUAACAUUUCUUUAUAAUGCUGGCUGUGAUGUAAACUGUUAAUAGGUUCUGCUACACCUUCUAAACAAUAUCUUCACGCAGCUUGCUUUAUGGUUUUGCCUAGCAGACAAGCCAAAAAAACAUUGCCUUAAUAGCAUUCCUUUACUCAAUUAAGACAUUAUGUGGUCCACUAUAUGUCUGCAAUGACAAAUUAGAUACACCUCCCUUUUUCUUGCCUCUUGAUUUAAAUGGUCUAUCAUCAUUGACACAUUGCUUUUUCUAAAACCUAGGUUUUGCAUAUCAUGCACUCAGGAACCCCACCCUUCUGAAUCCAGUCUCUGCCAAAAAACAAUAUUCCAUGUCCCUGAAAUGAAAAGCAUGAAGUUUAUCCAAAUAUGUAUAGAUUUAAAACUGGCCCAUUUAUCUCCAUUUAGAAAGUAAUUAAUGUUGUAUUGUAUCACCACCAUUUCUAAAAAACAGUUUGCUCUAUGAGAGGCUGGCCUGUCAUUGCAGUUGCUUUUUACUCAAUAUUGUGUUAGCAGCAAGUGGCCUCAUCUACCAGCCCUAACCCCUUGGCCUGCCACCUCAGUGUUCAAACUGAAGGAGAGAAUAGAGAGCCAAAUAGCCUAGGAAGGAAUGGGAGGAAAAAAAUAGAUGUUUGAGAACCAAAAAUUUGAUGAGUGUAGCCCAUGUGCAUCAGAACCCUCUUUCAUGGUCAUGAUUUUAAAAUGCUACUAAUCUAUUGGCUGCCAGAGAUUAAUGUGGCUGGAGUUCCAAAAGGUAGAUUAAGAAACUUAUUUAACCUUUUAAUUUAUGAAUGUAUAUAUUAACAAAUUUCAACAACACUACAUUUUUAUAUUGCCACACUUGUCUCUUGGAGCUCCACCCUCCAACAGUUGAAAGCUGUAUUUGGUGAUUAUACUCUCCUGAUCUGAAAGAGCCUCCUGACUGCAGGUUUUUGUUUGUCCAGACAUACCCUUCUCCUCCUCCUCCCCCCACCACCCCCAACCCAAGUCCUUCAGAUGGAUUAUUUAGAUAUUUAGUUUGAUCUGUUAAGAAUGCAUGCUUAGGUGAUGGGAGAAAGCAUAAAUGGGGGAAAAAUAAGUGAUUUAUCAGAAUCACAUUACAGAAGUAUGAAUCCAAACUGACUUAAGCUCAUGUGAGUAGGAGUUAGUGUUCCUACCUUGCACUCCUUUGAUUAAAGGAUAUUAAUAUUAAACCUAAACUAGUUUAGGCUCAUGAAAGAAUCAUGGCUGUGGUUCCUGUAUUUUUAAAGAUUCCCAGAUCACCAUCUCCCUAUCUUUUUGUCUUUCCAUAAUUUUAACUUCAUCCCUUUAGGUCUCUGCUCUGUGUAGAUAAUUUUUCUAAAUGAGCUGGAGUGCAGGCAAACUAUAUGUAGAGACUGCCUUUGUAUUUUUCUUGAGGAAAGGUGAAUUCCUCACCUUUCCCCAGAUCAGCCUAUUUGAUAUUUGCAGCCUCCCCAACCCCAUCCCCAGGUAGGGAGGGAAAGACUCAAAUGAGGUUUUUAAUGACACCUCCGCGACAAUUCCCAAUACCAGUGCUGUUAACCAGUAUGUUUUUUGGGACACCGCAAUGGUAUACCUGGGGCUAGCUAAACUACUCUAAGCCUAGUUCAGAAUGCGAUGGCAAUGCUGUUUGAGGGCUUUGCUUGUGAGUAGUUGAGGUGGAGCUACAAAAGGAUAGUGUAUUCAAAGAUCAAGGGAUGUCUAACAAGGGAUAACUGGAUUUCCAUUUUGUAGGAAAACGUUUUGUCAAAAAAAACACACAGAAAAAGCUACUGAGAUUAAAGGACAUUUUAAAAACGCGCUAUGCAAUUCUGCACGUUUAAAUUUCUGUCCAAAUAUUGCAUAGUUUGUAAAUUCUUCCUAUCAUGUAAAAUAAUAUAUUUUGUCAGUUUAAAAGAAAAUCAGCAUCCCCUGUCAGUCACACUGAAAUGUAGUUUAGAAACUAUUUUACUGACCAAGUAACAGCAUGCAAAUUAUGUUUACAAGUGUUUUUUUCAAAAUACCACAAAAGUCUAACUCUGUAUCCUGUACCAUAGCACCACUGGUCAUUAUGUGGAAAAUAUAAAUUCAAUAUUUCCCCUUCUUCCCCCAAAGUGUUAUUUACUGUGCAUGUAUAUUUGUGUAUAUAUCAUAUAAUAGUAUAUAACAUAUAUUAUAUACUGUGUCAGCUGUGUGCCGUGUAUUGCCAUUCACUUUGUAACUCGACUCUUGAAGGAAUUGUCAGUUUAGGCCAACAAAACCGAGUGAGGUGCCUAGUGGAAUGAUUUUAAUGCUAUAUUCAAAAACGUGUGCAAUGAGUCUGGUACAGUGGAACUUAAUUAUAAAUUCUUCAUUAUUGCAGUUGUAGCAGUCAUACUUGCAUCUCUUAGUGCAGUAGACAGUGGAUAUGGUUUGGUGUACCUAAAACAGCUUGGAAUUGGAACUGUGUAGUGCUUUAGGGACAACCUGGGAAAUUAGUUCUCAUGAAUGGCAAUGCCUCCUAUCACUGUUGCAGCAAUAUCAGCUUCUGAAUCUGUCAAAGUUCAUUACUAUUUUGUGAAUUUUCACAAAUUGAUUGAUAGGUUGUGGCUUGUGUUUGCCACAGUAUCUGGGCUGUGUUAGCAGAGCUUUAGAGGAGCGGGGUGAUGCAUUGCUACGUCAGCAAGCUGCAUACAAGAGGAACCAUUGGGAGAACUACUGGUUAAUUCUCAGAUCACAUUUUUUAAUUCCCAAGAUAGACUAUUUUGCAUAGCGCCUUGACCAUCAGAAGUGGCAAGAGGAGCGGUUGGUACACCUACCAUGAACCUGCAUGGAAUUUACCAUGAACUAUGAUUAAAAAGCUCAGGAAUUUCCCCAGGUACAGGAGGAUCACCUAAAACAGUGCACUGGAUCCCUGUCAAUUGUGUACUUGCAAUGUGGACUUGGAUAUGGAGGUGCCAUGCAUUGCUUCCCUCGUACAUGCUGUUCAAUAUGCACAUGCUUCUCCUUCCUCUAUAUCUAGUCGCAGUAAGACUUGUGCCUGCUUGACCUACUUAUAAUGCAGUGUCUAUGUGCAAAUCCAGUCCAAAGUGCACGAGAGAUCUUUUCAUGUUGGACAGAAACCCAAGCUGCUGUCUAAUUCCCUGGCAGAGGUAAAGGUGGAGCAAAUAGUCUUGGCAUCAGAGUGUGCAAUUUCUUUUUGGUUGGGGAUGAGAGAAAUUGCCACCCACUGGUACAUGACUUGCUCCCAGUGCCCCCUUUUUUUUUUUAAACAGCUGUGUUGAUCGGCUCACAGUUACAAGUGAAAAGAAGGAUAGAACCCACAGCACAAAACUGACCUGAGUGCAUCUGUAACAGUCUUGCUCCGAGGUACCCCAAAGUAUGAGAAGUGAAAGUAGUUUCGGAAAAUUCUUUGCUUGGAUUACACUGAAGUGAUCUAAAGGAAGCUUUCAUUCCUUGCCCUAAAGGGAUGGGUUGGUUCUGCCACACCAUUGCUUCUCUCAGAACAGUCAGAGAUCCAAACCCUUCCACCAUUUCGCCAAGUGAGGUGGUGAGUCACAAAAUCUAAACUGGACAAGGAGUUAGCAAGUUCUCCAAAUUCACAUUUCUUUUGUUUAGUACUGGGCAAAAAACUCUGAAACAAACCCAGAUCAAAGUUUGAUUUUUGGCUGUAUCAUGGCAAAUGAGCCAGAUUUUGGUUUAUAUGCCAGUUGCAGUCUACACUAAAACCUGUGCUGGUGAGUGUGGUAAUGCAGAACUCUUUGUCCGAGUUCUGUUGCCACCCAUGCCAGAUAACACUCAUAAUUCCAAUGAUACGUGGCAUUCAUAGCUUUGAAUUGUAUAUGCACAUAGUUCUAACUAAUGGACCACAGUCAUAUUGGAUGUAGGUAGCAUGAAUCAGCUGUUAUGUGCGAGCCAGUUGUUUUAGUGCAAUACUGCUAUCACUGUUGCUUUUCUCAUUUUGUUCCAACAGGAUUUUAAAACUAGCAGAUCUCCUCUGGAGCUGCUCAUGAAAAGUCUUUGCUCCAGAUCAUAGUUAAAAUGAUAAACUACUAAUCUGCUCUAUCCCUUUUAAAACUGUUGCUAAAUGCAAGCAAUUUAUAGUUGCUUAGAAUACCUUAAGUCAAUCAAAGCUGCUUGUAAAUUUCAGGCUUGCAGUUAGUAACUGACUUUCACUAUAUUUUUUAUACAAAGAUUGUUUUGCAUCUGUAACCAUUUUGGUGUGGGAUGAAUAUGUGCUGGACAUGAGACUUUUCAUAUAAUGAAUGAGCUUCUUACCAAAAGGAGGUAAAAUAUGCCCAACCUUUUUGAUCAAAUUUCUAGGAAAUUCAAUGAGGGAAAUCUUAAAAGUGUCUCUGUCACAAUCAAAUGAUUUUGUGUGCCUGAUUUCCUGUUUUAACACUCACCCAAUACUGUUUUGCCAUCUUGUGGAACUUGCACAAUAUGAUGUUCAAUAAAUAGCAAAAAUUGUAAAAA